GGACCCCCGUGGGUGCGCCGUGGGGGCAGCGGGGCUGGAGGUGAAAGGGCUGAAAGGAGCGGAGGGGCCGGCGAUGGACGCGGGUGUGGAUGUGAAGGGGCCGCAGUGGGACGUCGGAGGGCACGGAGUGGGAGUGGGGGUCCAGGGGGCCAAAGGUGACAUCAAAGGGCCCAGAUUUGACGUCAAAGGGCCCAAAGUGGACAUCGAAGCGCCCAAAGGUGACAUUGAAGGCCCCAAAGUUGAUGUCAGAGCACCCAGAGUUGACGUUGAAGCUCCAGAUGUGGACGUCCGUGGCCCAGACGGGAAGCUGAAGAUGCCCAAGCUGAAAAUGCCCAAAUUUGGGGUUCCUGGCCUGAAAGGAGACGUUGAUGUUUCGCUCCCAAAGGGUGAAGUUGACAUUUCUGCCCCCAAAGUUGACCUUCAUGCCCCCAAAGUGGACGUUGCAGGCCCACAAGGACACCUGCAGGGCCCCGCGGUGACGAUGCCCGAAAUGCACGUCAAGGCGCCCCACAUCUCCAUGCCCGACAUCGACCUCAGCCUGAAGGGCCCCAAAGUGAAGGGAGAUGUGGACAUUUCUGCCCCCAAACUGGAAGGGGAGCUCAGAGCACCAGGGUUUGAUAUAAAAGCUCCCAAAGUUGACGUUGAAGUGCCCGAAGUUGACAUUAAGGGACCGAAAGUUGACGUUGAAGCUCCAGAUGUGGACGUCCAUGGCCCAGACGGGAAGCUGAAGAUGCCCAAGCUGAAAAUGCCCAAAUUUGGGGUUCCUGGCCUAAAAGCGGAGCUCCCCGAUGUCGACGUAUCGCUCCCAAAGGGUGAAGUUGACAUCUCUGCCCCCAGAGUUGACCUUCAUGCCCCCAAAGUUGACAUUGAAGUGCCCGAAGUUGACAUCAAAGGACCGAAAGUUGACCUUGAAGGCCCCAAAGUUGACAUUGAAGCUCCAGAUGUGGACGUCCGUGGCCCUGAUGGGAAGCUGAAGAUGCCCAAGUUGAAAAUGCCCAAAUUUGGGGUUCCUGGCCUAAAAGCAGAGCUCCCCGAUGUCGACGUGUCGCUCCCAAAGGGUGAAGUUGACAUUUCUGCCCCCAAAAUUGACAUUCAUGCCCCAAAAGUUGACUUGAAAGGCCCACAAGGACACCUGCAGGGCCCCGCGGUGACGAUGCCCGAAAUGCACGUCAAGGCGCCCCACAUCUCCAUGCCCGACAUCGACCUCAGCCUGAAGGGCCCCAAAGUGAAGGGAGAUGUGGACAUUUCUGCCCCCAAACUGGAAGGGGAGCUCAGAGCACCAGGAUUUGAUAUAAAAGCUCCCAAAGUUGACGUUGACGUGCCCAAAGUUGACAUUGAAGGCCCCAAAGUUGACAUUGAAGCUCCAGAUGUGGACGUCCGUGGCCCAGACGGGAAGCUGAAGAUGCCCAAGCUGAAAAUGCCCAAAUUUGGGGUUCCUGGCCUAAAAGCAGAGCUCCCCGAUGUUGACGUGUCGCUCCCAAAGGGUGAAGUUGACAUUUCUGCCCCCAGAGUUGACCUUCAUGCCCCCAAAGUGGACAUUGAAGUGCCCAAAGUUGACUUGAAAGGCCCCAAAGUUGACAUUGAAGGCCCCAAAGUGGAUGUUGAAGCUCCAGAUGUGGACGUCCAUGGCCCUGAUGGGAAGCUGAAGAUGCCCAAGCUGAAAAUGCCCAAAUUUGGGGUUCCUGGCAUAAAAGCGGAGCUCCCUGAUGUUGAUGUUUCGCUCCCAAAGGGUGAAGUCGACAUUUCUGCCCCCAAAUUCGAUCUCGAUCUGCCCGACAUCGACAUUGAAGCCCCGGAGGUGAAAUCAAAGGGCAUCAAAUUCCGAAUGCCUGAACUGAACGUGCAGAGCCCCAAACUCUCCAUUCCCGACGUCGACAUCAGCCUGAAGGGCCCCAAACUGAAAGGAGACGUCUCUGCCCCAAAGGUCUCCGGGGAACUUAGGGGUCCCAAAGUGGACGUGGAGGGUCCCGGGCUGGGGGUCGACGUUCCCGAGGUGGACUUGGAGUGUCCAGAAGGAAAAAUAAAAGGCCCCAAAUUUAAGAUGCCAAAACUGAACAUCAAGACACCCAAACUGUCCAAACCGGAGGUGGAUCUGAAUGUAAAGGGACCUAAAAUUAAGGGAGAAGUGGACGUUUCCGCCCCAAAAAUGGAGGGGGAGCUGAAAGGACCCGGGGUUCACGUGAAGGGUCCCGGUGUGGAGGUCCCCAACGUCGACCUGGAGUGUCCCGAGGCCAAACUGAAAGGACCCAAAAUGAAACUGCCCCAUUUCAGCCUUUCGGGACCGAAGUUUGAGGGCGCGGAUAUCGAAGUGAGUGGCCCCAGAGGAGAGCUGGAGGUUUCUGGACCAGAGGUGGAGGUGGAAGGAGCGGAGGUGGACGUAGGGGGAGCAGAAGGGAAAUGGAAGGGCCCCAAAUUUAAGAUGCCGAAGCUGAACAUCAAAACGUCGAAGAUCUCCAUGCCUGAUGUCGAUCUGAACCUGAAGGGCCCCAAAGUGAAGGGGGACGUGGACGUGUCCGUGCCCAAGAUGGAAGGGGAGCUGAAGGGCCCCGAGGUGGACAUCAAAGGCCCCAAAGUGGACGUGGACCUUCCUGAUGUGGACAUUGAGGGUCCCGAGGGGAAAGUGAAGGGUCCCAAAUUCAAGAUGCCCGAAAUGCACUUCAAGGGCCCCAAAAUCUCCAUGCCUGACAUCGACCUGAACCUCAAGGGCCCCAAAGUGAAAGGAGACGUGGAUGUGUCCGUGCCCAAGAUUGAGGGCGACCUGAAGGGCCCCGAGGUGGACAUCAAAGGCCCCAAAGUGGACGUUGACGUUCCCGACGUGGACGUUCACGGCCCCGAGGGCAAAUUGAAGCGGCCCAAGUUCAAGAUGCCCAAAUUCUCCAUGCCGGGCUUCAGGGCGGAGGGCCCCGAGGUGGAGGUGGAGCUGCCCAAAGGGGACGUGGACAUUUCUGUCCCCAAAGUGGACAUUGAAGGACCAGAAGUGGACGUGGCGCUGCCAGAGGGGAAAGUGAAGGGCCCCAAAUUCAAGAUGCCCGACAUCAAGAUGACCAAAAUCUCCAUGCCUGAUGUCGACUUGAACCUGAAGGGCCCCAAAGUGAAAGGAGACGUGGAUGUGUCCGUGCCAAAGAUUGAGGGCGACCUGAAGGGCCCUGAGAUGGACAUCAAAGGCCCCAAAGUGGACGUGGACCUUCCUGAUGUGGAGCUGCAUGGUCCAGAGGGGAAAGUGAAAGGCCCCAAGUUCAAGAUGCCCGAAAUGCACUUCAAAGCCCCAAAGAUCUCCAUGCCUGACUUUGAUCUGAGCCUGAAGGGCCCCAAAGUGAAGGGGGACGUGGAUGUGUCCGUGCCAAAGAUUGAGGGCGACCUGAAGGGCCCUGAAAUUGAUAUCAAAGGUCCUAAAUUGGACGUGGACCUUCCUGAUGUGGACAUUGAGGGACCUGAAGGGAAAGUGAAGGGCCCCAAGUUCAAGAUGCCCGAAAUGCACCUGAAGGGCCCCAAAUUCUCCAUGCCUGACUUCGAUCUGAGCCUGAAGGGCCCCAAAGUGAAGGGAGACGUGGAUGUGUCUGUACCCAAAGUAGAAGGGGACCUGAAGGGUCCCGAGCUGGACAUCAAAGGCCCCAAGGUGGACAUUGAUGUUCCUGAUGUGGAGCUGCAUGGUCCAGAGGGGAAAGUGAAAGGCCCCAAGUUCAAGAUGCCCGAAAUGCACCUGAAGGGCCCCAAAUUCUCCAUGCCCGACGUCGACUUCAACCUGAAGGGCCCCAAAGUGAAAGGAGACGUGGAUGUGUCCGUGCCCAAGUUGGAAGGGGAGCUGAAGGGCCCCGAGGUGGACAUCAAAGGCCCCAAAGUGGACGUUGACGUUCCCGACGUGGACGUUCACGGCCCCGAGGGCAAAUUCAAGCUGCCCAAGUUCAAGAUGCCCAAAUUCUCCAUGCCGGGCUUCAAAGGGGACGGGGUGGACGUGGAUGUGAACCUCCCAAAGGGCGACGUGGACAUCGCUGGUCCCAGUGUGGAGGUGGAGGCUCCUGAUGGGAAGCUGAAAGGUCCCAAAUUCUCCAUGCCCGAAAUGCACAUCAAGACACCAAAGAUCUCCAUGCCUGACAUCGACCUGAACCUGAAGGGCCCCAAAGUGAAGGGGGACAUUGACGUGUCCGUGCCCAAAAUAGAAGGGGACCUGAAGGGCCCCGAGGUGGACAUCAAAGGUCCCAAA